GAUCUGACGCUGAAGCUGAAGCCCCAACUAUUGAAUUUUCUGCGGAGUGUUUUUGCCGGGAGAGGCGCCCCGAUGGUAGUGGCUUGCUGGAAACAUGUCGUAGGCGAGAGCCCAGAUUCGCGCAAGUGUAUCACCCCAAGCUCCCCUAACAUAUCCCUACGCUUAUAGACAGCUGCUCGACCUGGUCACUGGGCAGCUUCCCGCCGCCACACAUUCGUUUGCUUGAUAGAAAUUUACCCAAGAUGACACCUCACCCCCGGCCCCCUCGCAUCAACGUCCAUGGAGACUACCAUACUGAGAAACCGUCAGCACUGAACGCGCAACCUGGACUUGAGAACCCAUUCGACAGCGUUGAUGUUGUGAUCCCUGCUCAUCUUCUCCAGACCGCACAAGCGGUCUCUAAGCGCGACGAGGCCGACGCGCCCAAUUGGCAACCCCAGAGGCAACUGACUGUCCGCGAGAACCCUCUGUUCAGACAGCUAUCCGCGUCUAUCCGUCGCCCACGUGAUAGAGGAGGCCGUGUCCAAAGGUCAUCGACAGUUCCAAGCGCAAGAUCUUCGCGAGCACCCUCACCCGCCACGCGAUCAAACAGCACCAAAGCCGGUCUCGCUGUGCCGUCGUCGGACGAGAACACACCACACCAUGUGAGGCGACCGGAGCCAGCAAACAGAAGACGAAGCUGGAGGUUAUCCUACACGCCUGGUGGUCUUGACGAAAUCGCCCUUAGUCCCAGAGGAUCACGAGCCGGAACACCGACGUCGGAGACUUUCCCCGUAGCCGGGCAUGCCACUCAUGAUUUUGCAGCACAGCCUGCACGACAUGUAUCGAAUCCAUUCGGCGAUAAACAUGUCGACUCAUCUGCCAAUACUUCUCGUCGAUCUUCUUUUGGUGACAACGCCAACCCGUUCCUCUCACGAAACAACUCGUCAAUAUCGGUCGAGCAGCACACUGUUCCGGAAGUGGCACAUGUUCCCCGGGAAGCUCGCAAACGAAGUGGAACUCUUGAAACUGUUGUCAACGCUCUUGUGCCCGAUUCUUUGCAGAGGAAGCUGACCAACAACACCGUCACGACUGGCGGCCUCACUCGGCACAGCAGUAUGCGGAAGACCUUCGAGAAGGCAAAGCUACGGGGCGCGGAGAUGCAGCGAAACAAAUAUGCCAUGUGGGCAUUCGAAUACGGCAUAUAUAUCUUUCUCUUGUGUUUCAUUUACUUCGUCUUGAUUGGCAUCCCUCUGUGGAAUGGCGCUGUCUGGUGGUUGUACUGGGUGGUUGCCAACAAGUUCGUCUUUGCUGGUGGUUUCAGCAUCACCCUUGGUAUUGCUCUUUUCUACGCAUUCGCUCCUCUCCUUAUAAUGUUCGAAGAUGACCCUCCACCGAUGGAGAUUACCGCCGAAACGAAGAUCCAGGAUCAGGUCAAGGACACUGCGCUCUUGAUCCCUUGUUACAAGUCUGCCAACUUAAUCGCAGCCACUCUCGAAGCUGCGCUCAAGAUCUUCCCGGCAUCGCAUAUCUACGUGCUAGCGAAUGGCAACAGCCCUACGCCGCUCGACAACACCGAGGAGAUUUGCCGCCCGUACGGCGUCAACCACAUCUGGUCGCCUGUGGGUUCCAAGAUCGUCGCGCAGUUCGUCGGUUGUUAUGCUGCGAAAGCCUUCAAGAACGUGUUGUUGAUUGAUGACGACUGUGCGUUGCCGCCCGACUUCCCUGUUGUUACCGAGCGGUUAAAGGGCAACGUCAUGUGUCUCGGUUACACCAUCAAAAGCGUAGGACCCAACUCGUCGAAGGGCAACUACUGUCAGCAGGCGCAGGAUCUCGAGUACAAGCUCAGUGGCAUUCAGCGUGAUUUUGCCGGCCGCAUCGGUUCAGCGACCUUUCCUCACGGUGCUAUCGCGCUCUGGGAUCGGGAGCUUUUAGUCAAAACAUUCCACGAGCACCCCGGUUUCAGCGUAUCGGAGGAUUGGUUCUUCGGUCAUGUGGCUCGCAAACUUGGUUCCAGGAUUAAGAUGUGCUCGCAGGUCUUUGUCGAAACCGAGACUCCUACAGCGGUGUUCUUCUCUGGCGGUGGCUCACGUGGUGGAUUCGGCGAGAUGACCAUUUUCAGCCAACGGUUCAAACGCUGGAACUUUUUCUUUGUUAACGGCAUGUGGUUCAACCUGGCCUACAUCUUCGGCAGCUGGAAACUCGGCUGGUGGGAGAUUGGCGCCAAAAUCUUUGUUUUCCAAGAGGUGUAUGAGACGCUUCUGUACCUGAUGACUCCAUUCAUUCUUCCUAUUUCUUUUUAUGUUAGACCUUCGUUUUGUGGUAUACUUCUUGCAGCCACUGUCGUUAUGUAUCUUGUCAACACCAUUAUUUUCAACGAAGUUCAUCUGCGUCGCAAGGGGGAGCGCAUUGGCUGGUUCUGCGUUUACGUCUACUAUCUUCCGUACAAGAUCGUCCUGACGGGCAUCAAUGUCGCGAGUUGCUAUUGGUCACUUUACAAGUACGCUCGUUACUUCGCCAGGAGACAUCCCAGGGUGGUUGAAGACGAGAAGGCAGUUGAGGUUGUUGUCAGGCUCGAGGAGAGUGCAUACGCUGCGGAAGCUGGAGGCCUUGGUCGAAGUCUCACCGUCCGCAAGGUCGCAGAGGUACCUGUUGGCCGAUGCUCAAUGGAGAGCGAGAGCACUGCCGUGAAUGCAACAAGGUCCAACACGCCUCAAAUUGGAUUGACGCUGCAUUCCGAUACUGCUCACUACUACGAGCCAUAUUACCAUCAAGACGAGUUCGAUAUGGCUGGGUCUGGUGCCAGCACUCCCGCCAGGGGUUUGAUGAAUGGUCAUGCUGCAGUUGACUUUGCCAACGACAGCCAAGCACCCACGCCGCAGAACCGCUCGUAUGCAACGAGUAUGGCAAGCUACGAUGGGUGGGACAGCAGAGUGAGCGAGACCAGGUGGCUUUGAGGAGCUUUCGCCCGGAGUUUGUAGGACAAAAAGCUGUAAUCCUUAAUGCAUAUACCCAGAAGCCAUAUAGAUUACGUACA